AUGUCAACUUCAGAGGAGGCAGACGGGCCCCGGCCCAGAUACGGCUCUGUACUGGAUGGCGUGGAGAGACUCACGGCCGAGGAGAUGGAUGAGCAGCGCCAGCAGAACAUGGCCUAUGAGUACCUGUGUCACCUGGAGGAAGCCAAAAGAUGGAUGGAGGCCUGCCUGGAUGAGGAGUUGCCACCAACAACAGAGCUGGAGGAGGGGCUGAGGAAUGGUGUCUAUCUGGCUAAACUGGGCAACUUCUUUGCUCCGCAGACAGUUUCCCUCAAGAAGAUCUAUGACCGUGAGCAGACACGAUACAAGGCGACUGGUCUCCAUUUCAGACACACAGACAAUGUCAUCCAGUGGCUUAAUGCCAUGUCGGAGAAGGGACUGCCAAAGAUCUUCUAUCCUGAAACCACAGACAUAUAUGACCGGAAGAACAUGCCUCGCUGCAUCUAUUGCAUACAUGCACUCAGUCUGUACUUGUUCAAGUUGGGUCUGGCACCUCAGAUCCAGGAUCUGUAUGGAAAAGUAGAUUUCACUGAGGAGGAGAUCAACAACAUGAAGAGUGAGCUGGAAAAGUAUGGAAUCCAGAUGCCCGCCUUCAGCAAGAUUGGCGGGAUCCUGGCCAAUGAGCUCUCAGUGGAUGAAGCUGCAUUGCAUGCUGCUGUGAUUGCCAUAAAUGAGGCUAUUGACCACGGUGUACCAGAGGGCACACUGGCUGCUAUGCAGAACCCCAAUGCCAUGCUGGUCAACUUGGAUCCCAACUCUGCUCGGCAGUACCACGACACAUUGUACCAGGCCAAAGGAGGGAAGGUGGCCAGCUCACGCAAGCGGCAAAUGGAGAAUGCCGAGGCAGAGCGAGACAUCUACGAUGAGCUUCUUACCCAGGCUGAAAUCCAAGGCAACGUCAACAAGGUCAACCUGAACAAUGCUUUGAGUGCAGCUGAACAGGCCUUACAGAAUGAAGAUGAAGAUAAGUUGUAUGAGGCACUGAAGGCCAUGGGUAUUCAGAACCUGCUGCCCCAGAACAAAGCAUGGUACCUUAAACAGCUUCAGGGUGACCGAGAGAAUAAAGAGCAGACCUCUCCAGGAGAAGCGCUGACUAAGGAUGAGCUGCAGAGUGGCGUGGAUGUGGCCAACGGAAUAGCAGAGAGCUACCUAAAGCUGUUGAAAGCAGUACAACGCAUCAAUGAUGCAAUCAGAGAAGGCGUGCCUGAAAAGACGGUGGAGGAGCUAAUGAACCCUGACGCACAGCUGCCUGAGGUCUACCCGAGUGCUGCAGACCUCUACCAGAGAGAGCUAGCCAGCCUUCAGCAGCAGAGCCAAGAGGGCAACCUGACCCACCCCGAGCUGCUUGUUGCCGUGGAGAUGCUGUCGUCGGUGGUGCUGAUGAAUGAGGCAAUGGAUGUUGGAGACCGAGCUGCUCUCUGGAAACAACUGUCCAGCACAGUCACUGGACUCAGUAAUGUUGAGGAUGAGUAUGCUCAGAGAUAUAUGGAUGAACUGAUGCGUCUUAAAGCAGCAGCCAGAGAGGAAGGGUCUGACUAUCUGACCUGGAACGACAUUCAGGCCUGCAUCGACCAAGUCAACCUGGCUGUGCAGGAGGAGCAUGAACGAAUUGCUGCCAUUGGACUGAUCAAUGAGGCCCUGGAUGAGGGGGAUCCAGUGAAGACACUGAGCAUGCUUCAGAGUCCCUCAGCCAAGCUCACAGAUGUGGACCCAUCUAUUGCUCAGCACUACCAUGACAAACUCUUGGAGGCCCGCAGAGAGAAGGCUCAUGAGACACAGGAUCCCUCUGCUGUACUGUGGCUGGAUGAGAUCCAAGAUGCCAUUUUGAAGGCAAACCAGGACACAAAAGAAGCUUUACAGUUCUCUCAGGCCAUCCAGGCUGUUAAUCGGGCAGUGGACAGUGGAGAUGCAGCUCAGACACUGGCUGCUUUGCGUAAUUCUGGAGCAGGACUGUAUGGUGUCACCUCUGAGUGUGCCCAGACCUAUCAGGAUGACCUGGCCAAGAUUAAAGAGAAGAAAAAGGAAGAAGGUGAUAAUGGCAGUGACUGGGUGAAACACUGGGUGAAGGGAGGACACAACUACUACUACAACCUGAAAACCGAGGAGGGCACCUGGGUGGAACCAGAGAACUUCAUUCAGAACAACACCCAGCUCAACAAAGAGGACAUCCAGGGAGUGGUUUCGGGGGUAACCACAGCCUACAAUCGAGAGCAGCUGUGGCUGGCCAAUGAAAAUCUAAUAACCAAGUUACAAGCUCGCUGCCGUGGCUAUCUGGUGAGGAAAAACCUAAAGGAGCGGAUGGAGUUCCUGAAAUCCCAAGACCCUGCUGUUACAUGCAUACAGGCUCACUGGAAAGGCUACAAGCAGAGGAAGGCGUUCAAAAACCGUAAGGAGUAUCUGGAAGACCACACUGCUGAGGCUGUCAAGAUCCAGUCGAUGGUUCGGAUGCAUCAAGCUCGUAAGAAGUACAGGGAUCGUCUGAAGUACUUCCAAGAUCACAUCAAUGAUGUGGUGAAGAUUCAGGCUUUCAUUAGAGCCAACAAGGCCAGGGACGACUACAAGACACUGACCAGCGCAGACAAUCCUCCGAUGGGGGUGGUGAGGAAGUUCGUCCACCUGUUGGACCACAGCGACCAGGACUUCCAGGAGGAGUUGGAACUGAUGCGGCUCCGUGAGGAGGUGGUCACCAACAUUCGCUCCAACCAGCAGCUGGAGAACGACCUGAACCUGAUGGACAUCAAAAUCGGCCUGUUGGUGAAGAACAAGAUCACUUUGCAGGAAGUGGUGUCCCACAGUAAAAAACUGACCAAGAAGAACAAGAGCCAGCUGUCAGACAUGAUGAUGAUGACCAAGCAGAAAGGAGGCCUGAAAGCUCUGAGCAAGGAAAAGAGGGUUAAACUGGAAGCCUACCAGUAUCUGUUUUACCUGUUACAAACCAACCCCACAUAUCUUGCCAAGCUGAUCUUCCAGAUGCCACAGAAUAAAUCCACAAAGUUCAUGGACUCUGUAAUCUUCACUCUGUAUAACUAUGCAUCAAACCAGAGAGAGGAGUACCUGCUGCUCAAGCUCUUCAAAACUGCCCUGCAGGAGGAAAUCAAGUCAAAAGUGGACCAGAUGAAGGAGAUUGUUACAGGAAACCCUACAGUAAUCAAGAUGGUAGUGAGCUUCCACAGAGGUGCACGGGGGCAGAAUGCCCUGCGGCAGAUCCUAGCACCGGUUGUCAAGGAGAUCAUGGAUGACAAAACGCUAAACAUCAAGACUGACCCAGUAGACAUCUACAAGGGCUGGGUGAACCAGAUGGAGACUCAGACUGGAGAGGCCAGUAAGCUGCCUUAUGACGUCACUCCAGAGCAGGCCAUGGCUCACGAGGAGGUGAGGACGAGACUGGAAGCCUCCAUCAAGAACAUGAAGACAAUCACUGACAAAUUCCUGUCUGCUAUAAUCGUCUCUGUGGAAAAGAUUCCAUAUGGGAUGCGGUUCAUCUCCAAGGUGCUGAAGGAUACUCUGCAUGAAAAGUUUCCAGAUGCUACAGAGGAUGAGCUGCUCAAGAUUGUGGGUAACCUCUUGUAUUACCGCUACAUGAACCCGGCCAUCGUGGCUCCUGAUGCCUUUGACAUAAUCGAGGUGUCUGCUGGUGGUCAGCUAACCACUGAGCAGCGACGGAACCUGGGCUCCGUGGCUAAGAUGCUGCAGCACGCCGCCUCCAAUAAGAUGUUUCUGGGCGAUAACGCCCACCUCAAUCCCAUCAAUGAAUACCUCAGUGCCUCCUACCAGAAAUUCAGGCGCUUCUUCCUGACAGCAUGUGAGGUCCCCUCGCUUGAAGACAAGUUUAACGUGGAUCAGUACUCAGACUUGGUCACAGUCACCAAACCCGUCAUCUACAUCUCCAUCGGAGAAAUUAUUAACACUCACACACUGCUGCUGGACCAUCAGGAUGCCAUCGCCCCGGAGCACAAUGACCCCAUCCAUGAGCUCCUCGAGGACCUAGGCGAGGUUCCCACUGUGGAGUCCCUCAUUGGUGAAAAUCCUCUUCCCGCUGAUGACCCCAACAAAGAACUGAUGGGCAAGACUGAAGUUUCGCUCACUCUCACCAAUAAAUUUGACGUCCCCGGCGAGGCCAAUGCUGAGAUGGACGCAAAGACGCUCCUGCUAAACACCAAGAGGCUCAUUGUGGAUGUGAUUCGAUUCCAGCCCGGGGACACUCUGACCGAGAUCCUGGACUCAACAGCCACCCCAGAGCAGGAGGCAGAGUACCAGCGAGCCAUGCAGAGGAGAGCAAUCAGAGAUGCUAAGACGCCAGAAAAGAUGAAGCAGGUCAAACCUGUGGUGGACGACAGCCUGACCCUGCAAGGCAAGAAGGACAAGAUCAAGAGUAAUCUGCAGAGGCUGGCAGAGCUGGGCAAGGUUCACCCGGAGAACCGUUAUCAGGACCUCAUCAACGACAUAGCCAAGGACAUCAGAAAUCAGAGACGGUAUCGGCAGCGUAGGAAAGCCGAGCUGGUGAAGCUUCAGCAGACCAACGCCGCCCUGAAUUCAAAGACCAAGUUUUACAAUGUGCAGAUUGAUUCUUACAAUCAGUAUAUCAAGACCUGCAUGGACAACCUAGCCAGCAAGGGCAAGUUGUCAAAGAAACCAGGCGACAACAAGGCUAAAAAGAGUAAACAGGUUUCUCAGAAAUACACAGCCGCCCGGCUGCACGAAAAGGGUGUGCUGAUCUCCAUAGAGGACCUGCAGCCCAACCAGUUCAAGAAUGCUAUUUUUGAGAUUUCUCCAUCAGAGACUGUUGGAGUGUUUGAAGUGAAGGCCAAGUUCAUGGGUGUGCACUUGGAGACAGUACAGUUAGAAUAUCAGGAUCUGCUCCAGCUGCAGUAUGAAGGCGUGGCGGUGAUGAAGCUCUUUGACCGGGCCACCAUCAACGUCAACCUGCUCAUUUUCCUUCUCAACAAGAAAUUUUAUGGGAAAUAGAAAAGGAGAAAAAAAAAAGGGGGAAAAAGGGCUACAGACACUGAAUUUAAACCACAAAACCCAUGCUGAGGGUUGCUUUAAAGCCCUAACCCAUGCAGUCAUACCGACACAUUUCCUCCAGCACUUCUCCAAUGUGCCUACACAAAUUUAUGCAUUGUUUUGUAUUACAUGGAUCACCAUAUGUGCUUUAUUCUUAGUGGAAACCUCUGCUAUGCACAUUUUCUUAGUAUCUUAUCUGUAAUUGCAGCUCAGUCUGAGUUUAAGAUUUGUAAUUUUUUUUGUUUUUUUUUUGUGGCUUUAAAUAUUCUGAAUAUGCUGUGCAUGGGCUUUGAUUUAUUGUAAAAGAAAAGUAUGUUUUAUGUAAAGAGACUGAGCUUUAUGUCUUUAUCAGCUGUUAGUUAGCCUGAUAAACAUCUUCUCCGUCAAAGUGUUAGCGUACUCUUUAGCAGGGUUGUAGUACAUGACACAACAUUUUGCAGGUCCAGUUGGGUCUGGGGCACUCUGUGUGGUCAGAGGAUGCCGUGCAGUGAGAAAAAUUGAAGAGAAAAACUGAAAGAUUUUGCAGGGGUGGGAAGAUGCGCUCCUUAUUUUCAAUCAUGUAUUUUAUUUUGAAAAUACUGGAGCUGGUCGCACAUUAGCUUUGGACCUCUCUGGUCUUUCUCGCUCUCUUUCGCUCUCUCAAACUUGACCCACACCAUCGUCUCAUUUUAAUAUCUAUGAGACAAAGUGACAUCGGACAUGGUAUUUGACAAAAUCAAAGUGCCAUGCUCAUAUUGAGCUGUAAGGAUAGCAAUUUGUUGCAGGAGUAUGACAGAUAACCCCUCUCAAAUCCUGCCUGCACUGGCACUAACCCGGCUCUGUAGCCUUUCCUGUCUUUACUGACAGGUCAGUUUGUUUAACUGGACUGAGCUGGCUGUGACUGCAGCCCUCGUGCUUUUUGGAAUUGAUCUGCAGUGCAUUUCUGCUUCUGGCUCUGAUAUUCAUCAGCGGAAGAAAUGUGGAAUCACUGGAAAUGAUCACUUUUUUUUAAAUCUCUCAUUUUUUUUCUUUAUCUUGUAGAAAACACAUUUAUUGUUACGUUAAAAAACACAGCCUGAUAAUCUGUAAGAUACAAGAUGGGAUUUGGAAUUCUAGAUAUUAAACACUGAGAAUUUUUCUAAUGUCUUAUUGAAAAUACAAAGCCCUACAUCCUUAUUUAUAUUUCAUGUGUUGUCAAUCUGCAUUCUACUGGAGCUGACGUGCAGACCCUAAGACGGAUCAUUCAGCUUGGGUAUGUGCAGUAUUACAGGAACUUGUGGGUCCACUAGAUGUCACUGCCACAUUAUGGUAUUUACAGUAAGUGGCUGUUGAAGCAGCAAAGCUAAAAGCUGAUUGAUUUUCCUUCUUAUGUAGAUUCUUUUUAAUCAGAUGUGCCCACAUUGAAAAGGGGGAUGGAACCCUGCUCUCUUCAUUAUUUGCUCUUAUUCAUUCAAUGAAAUGUAAUUGUGCCUGUUUCAGAAUAAAGCUCUACCAAUGCA